CGCUGGUACAACCCUUGGUCACGUGACUUCCUGCGGCGAGAAAAUGCUGCUGCAGUUUCUUGUCGCGAGCGCUCGGUGCACGAUGUGGAAAUUCCGAACCACGGCGGCAUGAAGCUGCACGCAGACACCGUACGCGAAUCGCUGCGCCACCCGUGAACGGUAACCCGGCUCCAUAGAGCAGCGGAUUAACAGCCGUUUGAGCGGGAAGGAUUUAGAUCCAGCGCGUUCCUGAGGGAGAAGUUUGCUCGCUGAGUCGGUGUACGGGACACCAGCAGCGAGAAUGGCGGAGAGAAGUGGCCGGUUAAGCUUCCCCGGGAGCGGGGGGCUAAACAGACCGGUGCCUAUGAACCUGUUCGCCACCUGGGAGAUAGACGGCUCCUCUCCUAACUGCAUCCCCAGGUUGUGUAGUCUGACUUUGAAGAAGCUAGUGGUGAUGAAGGAACUUGACAAGGAGCUGAUUUCUGUCGUCAUUGCAGUCAAGAUUCAGGGCUCCAAGCGAAUCCUGCGCUCCCAUGAGAUAGUGCUGCCCCCUGCUGGUGUGGUGGAGACUGAUCUCGCUCUCACAUUCUCACUACAGUACCCUCAUUUUCUGAAACGCGAGGGAAAUAAGUUGCAAAUCCUGCUUCAGCGGAGGAAGAGGUACAAAAACCGAACGAUUUUGGGUUACAAGACUUUGGCUGCUGGCUCUAUAGACAUGGCAGAGGUGAUGCAGCAUCCUGCAGAAGGUGGGCAGGUCUUGGCUCUUUGCAGUAAUCAGAAGGAGUUUCUGGGUAAAGUUGCAGAGAUUUGGAUAUAUUCCCUGUCCAGUCAGCCUAUAGACCACGAGGAGGCAGCCAUUCUGGGACAGAAAAUCAAAUGUUCUGAUAAUUACUCCGAAGAAGAGUAUGAAAGCUUCUCAUCGGAGCAGGAGGCCAGUGAUGACGCAGCACAAGGACAGGAUCUUGAGGAUGAUGAGUACGAGAUAAGGAAACCAAAAAAGCAAAGGAGGUCAAUAGUCCGGACGGCGUCGAUCACCAGGCAGCAGAACUUUAAGCAGCGCGUGGUGGCAUUGCUCAAACGGUUCAGAGUUUCUGAUGAGGUGUUAGACUCAGAGCAGGACCCAGCCGAGCCACCUCCUGAAGUAGAGGAAGAUCUGGAUCUGGAGAGUUUAGAGUUUGAGAAUCCGAGUGACAGUGGACCGGAUCUGGAUGAUGAUGAAAGUGUUCUCAGCACCCCAAAACCCAAACUCAAACCAUAUUUCGAAGGAAUUUCUCUAUCCAGCUCUCAGACAGAAAUUGGCAGCAUUCACAGUGUUAGGAGUCAGAGAGAGCCGCCCAGUCCAAUGGAUCCUGAUAAAAUAAGGGCUGUAGGUGGAAAGUUUCAGAUGGAUAAUGAAUCAGAUAAUGUUUCAAUGGGUCAUCCUGAGGUUGUGACCCCUACCACAGAACUGGAGAUGAUGGACAACAUGGACACUUUCAUGGAGAGGUUGCCUCCUACAGGCCGGAUGACCAAAACAGAGUCACUUAUCAUUCCAUCCAACCGCUGGCUCGGAUACCUGCGAUUCCUUAUUAUCCCACUUGGGGUUCAUCCAGUGGCUAAAUAUCUGGCCAGUAUAGACUACAGAUAUAACGGCCUGUUCCAGGACUCAGCGUGGAGAGAUCUUUUCCACAAACCAGAAGCGCCAACCUCAGCAGUUCAGGACAGUCCAGAUGUGGUUUCCAGGGUAACGCAGUAUAUGUUGGGAGCGAAUGGAGCUCUUCAGCUGCCCAUAGCAGAGGCCAUGCUUACCUAUAAGCAGAAAAGGAAAAAGAGCUUUCAUUUAGAUUUUGCAGUAAGUCCUGAUGAAGACUCGUGUCAGAAAUUCAUUCCUUUUAUUGGGGUGGUGAAAGUGGGGAUUGUUGAACAAACUUCUGCAACAUCUGGCGAUUCAGAUGACGCUGCUCCUGUGGGAUCUUCUCUUCUCUCGUCUACUCCUCCUGCACAGAUCUCCCCAUUACUGAAAGAAGCAUCUCCAACGCCUCCUUCUUCUCCCUCUGUACACAUGUCCAGUUCUCCUGGAGGAGGUCAGGGGGAGCUGAUGGGUCUUCAGGUUGAUUACUGGAUUGCUCCAUCAGAGAGGAAGAAAGACGUGGAGAAGAGAGACUCCAAAAACACGCUCAAGGGCACCUUCCGUUCACUGCAGGUCAGCCGCCUCCCACUGGGCGGAGCAGAGACGACACAUCAGCCAACCAUGUCCAUGACUGUUGUCACCAAAGAGAAGAAUAAGAAGGUGAUGUUUCUGCCUAAAAAGACCAAGGAUAAGGAGGCAGAGUCUAAGAGUCAGGUGAUAGAGGGCAUAAGUCGACUCAUCUGCACAGCCAAACACCAGCAGACCAUGCUGAAAGUGUUGAUAGAUGGAGUAGAAUGGAACGAUGUGAAGUUUUUCCAGCUUGCGGCUCAGUGGUCAUCUCAUGUCAAACACUUCCCGCUUGCCAUCUUCGGACCCUUCAAAGGGCCUUACUGAACUACAGCCUCACAUCUUCACUCCUCUACGCUACGGCUGCCUUUACACUCAGUGCUGCCUCAUGUUUUUAUUUAAAAUUUCUGCUUUCUCACGGUUUGUGUCUGUGCUAUUUUUAUUUUUUAAUUUUGUUGACAUUUGAUUGUUCUUUUAUGAAAGACUUGAUGCAGUCUUGGCAACAGGGCAUAUCUUUUUGGACUAUGUAUGUUAAAAC